AUGGAAAGGAUUUUUGGAAUUUGUCAAAAUUGUAAAACUAAGAAAAUUUUGGCUCCGCUUGACUGCUCUCAUCAGAUUUGCAUGCUUUGUGUAUCUUCAUUAUAUGCUCGAAUGAUAACUGAGCUUUGAAGUGAAUUAUGCUCAGGGGCUAAAGGCUACGAUGGAUGAAUAGCAAAAUUAGGAUGUCCUUAUAGGUGCCAAACUGUAUUUAAAAUCAGUUUAAAAGAUUUGAAACAUUUAAUAAAAUGCAACCCAAAAGUGUCUGAUAAUGAAAAAUUAAUUAUAAACAAUUUUUGUAAAGCUCCAUGCUUUCAAGAAAUCCAAACCUGAUUCUAUUUUUGCAGUUUCUGCAGUCGUUUAGGAUGAUAUAAUUACUCGGAUUAUCAUUGUGAAACAUGCUCAAUGUGCACUUUAUGCUUAAAAAGCCAUAGAGGAAUGCCUUGCAACGCUAUUAAUAGUACAGUUGGCUCAAGUGAAAUUGAGCCUACUACAUAUCCUCAAGCCAUAAGUAGAAGGACUAUAAAUAAUACAAUGCCUAAUUGCAUUAACAGUAUUGAAAUUAACCAAACUUGAGCUGAUAUCGCAAACGACAGUCCUAUAAAGAUUAAUCAAUAUACGCUAAUAAAAAGCACCAGCUCAAAUCAACUGGCUCCAAUAGCAGAAGCUAUAAAGCGUGAACCUAUAAAAAAAUCAACUUAUGCGGCAAAUAGUGAUACCAGCCCAAGAAAGAAUAUUUUCAAUAUCAUUCGUGAUGUAAUUGGGCAUGAUCGUUAUGGGAAUAAUUAUGAAAUUUCUGAUUUUGACGUGUGUGUAAAAAUUGACGAAGAGAAUCGCUUUAACAAUAACAAGCUUAAAUAUAAAGAUAGAUUUUGCGAAAAACUAAUUUGUCUUAGCAGUUUGAGGAAAGUUAAGAAUUGCAUAGUUUUAGAGAAAGGUUUUAAGAGAAUAGGAACAAUGAUAUGCAGUGUAAUGCUCCCUAUUGAUAAUACAAUAGCUGGCUUUCAAAAUAAUUGAGCUGAAACUGAAGAUGCUGUUAUCUUACCAAGCAGUGAUUUUUUCUUGAUAAAAUAUUCAGUAACUACCUCAAAACAUCACUAA